AUGAACCACUCGCCGCUCAAGACGGCCUUGGCCUACGAAUGCUUCCAGGACCAGGACAACUCGACGCUGGCUCUGCCGUCCGACCAGAAAAUGAAGACCGGCACGUCGGGCCGGCAGCGCGUGCAGGAGCAGGUGAUGAUGACCGUCAAGCGGCAGAAAUCCAAGUCUUCCCAGUCGUCCACCCUGAGUCACUCCAACCGAGGCUCCAUGUAUGAUGGCCUGGCCGACAACUACAACAACUACGGGAGCAGCAGCCGGAGCAGCUUCUACUCCAAGUUCCAGGCGGGGAACGGCUCGUGGGGCUACCCGAUCUACAAUGGGACCCUCCAGCGGGAGGGUGACAGCAGGCGCUUCAGCUCCUACAGCCAGAUGGAGAGCUGGGGCCGGCAGUACCCACGGGGCAGCUGCACCGCGCCGGGCGCCGGCAGCGACAUCUGCUUCAUGCAGAAGAUCAAGGCCAGCCGCAGCGAGCCUGACCUCUACUGCGACCCCCGGGGCACCCUACGCAAGGGCACGCUGGGCAGCAAGGGCCACAAGACCACCCAGAACCGCUACAGCUUCUACAGCACGUGCAGCGGCCAGAAGGCAGCCAAGAAGUGCCCGGGGCGUCCGCCCUCCUGCACCUCCAAGCAGGACCCCGUGUGCGUCCCGCCCACCUCCUGCACCAAGGACCUGUCCUUCAGCCACUCCAGGGCCAGCUCCAAGAUCUGCAGUGAGGACAUUGAGUGCAGCGGGCUGACCAUCCCCAAGGCUGUGCAGUGCCUGAGCUCCCAGGACGAGAAGUGCCAGGCCAUCGGGGCCUACUACAUCCAGCACACCUGCUUCCAGGACGAAGCUGCCAAGCAGCAGGUGUACCAGCUGGGCGGCAUCUGCAAGCUGGUGGACCUGCUCCGCAGCCCCAACCAGAACGUGCAGCAGGCCGCGGCCGGGGCUCUGCGCAACCUCGUGUUCCGCAGCACCGCCAACAAGCUGGAGACGCGGCGGCAGAACGGCAUCCGCGAGGCGGUCAGCCUCCUGAGGAGGACCGGGAGCGCAGAGAUCCAGAAGCAGCUGACCGGGCUGCUCUGGAACCUGUCCUCCACCGACGAGCUGAAGGAGGAGCUGAUCGCCGAGGCGCUGCCCGUGCUGGCUGACCGCGUCAUCGUCCCCUUCUCGGGCUGGUGCGACGGCAACAGCAACCUGCCCCGGGAGCCCGUGGACCCCGAGGUCUUCUUCAAUGCCACCGGCUGCCUGAGGAACUUGAGCUCCGCAGAUGCCGGCCGCCAGACCAUGCGCAACUACAUGGGGCUCAUCGACUCGCUCAUGGCCUACGUCCAGAACUGCGUGGCAGCCAACCGCUGUGACGACAAGUCAGUGGAGAACUGCAUGUGCGUCCUUCACAACCUCUCCUACCGCCUGGACGCCGAGGUGCCCACACGCUACCGCCAGCUGGAGUACACCGCCCGCAACGCCUACACUGAUAAGUCCUCCACCGGCUGCUUCAGCAACAAGAGCGACCGCAUGACGAACAACAACUACGACUGCCCACUUCCUGAGGAAGAGCCCAACCCCAAGGGCAGCAGCUGGCUGUACCACUCAGAUGCCAUCCGCACCUACCUGAACCUCAUGGGCAAGAGCAAGAAGGAUGCCACCCUGGAGGCCUGCGCGGGUGCCCUGCAGAACCUGACUGCCAGCAAAGGGCUGAUGUCCAGCGGCAUGAGCCAGCUGAUCGGGCUGAAGGAGAAGGGUCUGCCCCACAUCGCCCGCCUGCUGCAGUCCGGCAACUCGGAUGUGGUGCGGUCCGGAGCCUCGCUGCUGAGCAACAUGUCCCGCCACCCGGCGCUGCACAGGGUGAUGGGGACCCAAGUGUUCCCAGAGGUGACCAGACUCCUCACCAGUCACACCGGCAACACCAGCAACUCGGAGGACAUCCUGGCCUCGGCCUGCUACACCGUGAGGAACCUGAUGGCCUCCCUGCCGGGCAUGGCCAAGCAGCACUUCUCCAGCAGCAUGAUCAACAACGUCAUCAACCUGUGCCGCAGCAGCACCUCCCCCAAGGCUGCGGAGGCCGCCCGCCUCCUCCUGUCCGACAUGUGGUCCAGCAGGGAGCUGCAGGGGCUCCUCAGGCAGCAAGGUUUUGAUAGGAGCAUGCUGGGGACCUUAGCCGGGGCCAACAGCCUCAGGAACUUCACCUCCCGAUUCUGA